AUGAAGUGUCCCAACCAGGAGUGUGGGAAAGAGUGUAGAGGGAAAUUUUGUGACGAAUGUGGGACACGGCUACCGCCACGUAGAGCAGACGUUAUAACAUGCCGUGGAAAAGAUGACGACGGCGAACUAUGCAUCGAACCACUGAAAAUCAAUCAAAAAUAUUGUAACAACUGCGGUAGAAAAAUUGACUUGAGUGAUUUCGAGAUUGUAAAAUGUCAUCUUUGUGGUGAUGACUAUCAUCGCGUGGAAAAGAGAUGCUUAAAGUGCAUGAAACAAGAGGCUGGAGGAGAAGAGAUUGAUUCUCAAGGAAACAAUUGCACGGAAACAAAAGAGAAAUCAGUUUUUCCUAAAGAUCCAAGUCUGAUUUCGCAAGAUAAUCCACCCGCGAAAGAUCAUACAACCGAUCUUGAAAAUGAACAACAAAAAGAACAAGGCGGUUCAGAGGCUCUCCGAAUGGCACACCAAGUUGCUUUCAGUGAACCAGCUAAUGAAAAUGCCUGUAAAGCAAUAAAUAAUUUGAACGAAGAACAUAAUGAUUCCGAGUCUCUAAAACAAAACUCUGAAGAGUCUAAUAAUGCUUAUACCACAAGGUCUGAAAUUAAAAAUCAAGGAAUAGCAGACGAUACAUCUUCUCAAAUAAGUGAGACAAGACAUGAAGGGAUAGUUCCAUCAAUUCAAGUCGCAGUCACAGACUCUGUUAACAAUGAAGCAUUUCGACACAACGAUAUGGAGCAAGCAACAUCAAAUAUUCGAAAGAUAGAUACGUCUACACGAGAUUCUUUAAUCUCAAAGGAACAGGAUACAAGUGGAUCAGGGACUAAAGAUGUGGAUCCUAAUAUAUCCAAGGAGUCGGUACAUGGCAACGACGAAUCACGACUCGUUCAUCAGUUGGGAGCAAAUAUACCUGAAGAAGCUAUUGAUGCACAAGGUAAAGAUUACACGAAAAACGUAAAGGAAUCAGUUUUUCAUAAAGAUCCAGUUCUUAUUUCGCAAGGUAAUCCACCCGCGAAAGAUCAUACAACCGAUCUUGAAAAUGAACAACAAAAAGAACACGGCGGUUCAGAGGCUCUCCGAAUGACACAACAAGUUGCUUUUAGUGAACCAGCUAAUGAAAAUGCCUACAUAGCAAUAAAUAAUUUGAACGACGAUGAUGAUGUUUCCGAGUCUCAUAAAAAAAACUGUGAAGAGCCUCAUAAUGCUUAUACCGGAAGUUCUGAAAUUAAAGAUCAAGGAAAAGCAGACGAUAUAUUUUCUCAAAUGAGUGAGACAAGCCAUGAUGGGAUAUUUCGAUCUGUUAAAGUCGCAGUCACAGACGCUGUUAACGAUGAUGAUGAUGGAAUACGAAAUGAUUUUGAGCAAGCAACAUCAAAUAUUCGAGUGAUGGAAUUGUCUUCAGGAGAAACACUAACCGGACAGGAACAGGAUACAAGUAAAAAGGGGUUUACAGAUAUCGAAUCUAUAAAAUGCGAGGAGUCGGUGACUGGAAAAGAAGGACCAAGACUUGUGCUUCAGUCGGAAACAUUCGGAGCAAAUAUUUCCGGUGAAUCUGAAAACCAUGAUUCAUUAGAAAAUGGACAGCAAUCAUACAUGCCUUACCCUACAGACAAAGCGUUUAUAGCAAACGACUCACGUACAAAUGAUGAUACAAAUACUAAGUUACGAGAUCCAAUCCGAACGGGUGAUUUUGGAAUUCAAAAAGACAAUGCCGAAGAUGUCGCAAGCCACAGAAAAAAGCCCAAAGAUAAAACUGAAGAUACAACCACCGAAAACCAAAAUAAUGGGCCUGAAACAAGUGAUGGUGCAGCUAAAAUCUCAGAACGAUUGCAAAGCUCUGAGACAGAUAUCGGCCAACGGGUCGAUUCAAAUCAAAUGCCAAAACACGAAAGUAAGAAUUCUCAUUUGCCAUUAGCUCAAGCGAAUACUGCUAAACAACAACCAAAAGGAUCAGAUGCAAAGAGUGGGCCACAGGCUGUUAAAAAUAAGCAAAUUACAAAUGAAACAGGAAAAGGGAUAAUGAAUUCACAGAAGGGACAGACCACUAACAGGGAUAUGGUAAAAACCAUUUUUCAUGCCUUAGUUUCCAAGAAACUAUUGGUAGAUGGGGCCGAGGUUGUUGUGCAGUGCAAAGAAUGGGACUCCAACGAAAUUAUUGCUACAAAAGGAAGAACAGUGGACCAUUUUGUUGAAUACACGUACACCAGAAAUAUUCCAUUGGAGAUUUUUAAAAGAGGAUUCGAGUACAAAUACAUUGCGGUAACGGCAAAACAGACAAUUGAUGAGGAUUAUUAUUAUAUGAAGACAGCGAAUAAGUAUGACAAAGUUUACAGACUGUUUAAUGCACCCAAAGUAGAACGUGUGUACACAUGGCAUCAAUUUGACGGACUGGUGAUUAAGGCUCCCGGAUGGUUUGAGUACUUGCUAGACCUGUUCAGUGGUUCUUCGAAUGUGAAUUUGAAACUGUUUGUUUCUACGUUCACUCCAUGCUGGUUCACACUUGACAAAGACGUUGCCUCAUUACCAGAAACAUUUCAGCAUUCAUUAGAGUACAUCGAUGCCAUCAUUCAUGGUCUGCAGAAUAUUUAUGUGCAUGAUGCCAAAGUGUUUGAAAAUGAGCAAAUACUGAUCAAACAGAUUGCGGAUAUACUACUUUCACAAGUUUUUAAAGGCUUAGAAGACCAAGACCAUAUCAACCGAGUUGUAAGAGCAAUGGCAGUUGCGAUUAUUUGCAACCGAUUGCAGUUUGUGCUUUCACAGGCACAAUGGCAACUUAUAUGUAGAUGCUUAAGUGUGUAUCCCGACCCAAAGGUGUCACAAUGCCAAGAACAGGACCAAUUGAUGAAAUACUUCAGAGAAGAAGAGUUAAAAAAGGGCUUAACGUAUAUUGUGGGCUGUUCAGAGAUGUAUCCAAAAGACCCUUCGUGGAUGUUUUGCCUCCCAUUACUCCAUUUUGCCUUUGGUCUGUGUCAGCCGUACAGUCAACCUUCAGAGGACAUGAAUCACUCUGCGCAAAUUCCAAACUGGUGGGGGACCGUUCAAAUUAAAAAAACAGUCGAAGUAUUCUCGAAUAAUAGCGCACAGUGGAAAAUAAAACUGCAGGAUGUCAUCACAAAGAUGUAUCCUCUCUUUGAAAUGGACAUGUACCUACCAAGAAGCAUAGUAGCUGCCUUAAAACCCACGGAGUUAAAGCAAAUAUUAGACGAUACUCUUGUUCAAUUUCCCAUUGAAGUGUGUGUUGCAUCACUGCUCUUUUGGUGCAAAUAUACCGAACAUCGGCAGAAUAGCAGUUCUGAUAAAUGCAUUAUCACAGCCACUGAGAAAACCGAGAAGGUUGUUUCUGAGUGUUUACAGCUGCUUUUGCAUCAUUUGCAAAACAUUGACGUCGACGUUAUGUCUUUUCCAAGAAUGUCCAUGGCCUACAAGAUAUGCAAGGAUGCAGUUGAAACAUUCCAUUCCUCGAAUAAAGCAUUUAAGGUUUUGCCUUGGGCGAAACUUUAUAUCCACUGCGUUUCAUUGUAUGCUACAAAAAUGUCGCGACAUGGAGAAGAAAAAACGCAAAUCGAAAAUCCAAAGGACGAGACGCACUAUCAUGUAUUUGAAAUCAUAAAACGGUGGCUUAAAACAUUUUCUUUUAACCAAAGCACCCACUCGAUAAAUGAUGUAAAAACGGACUUGAAAAUAUGGAAUAGUGUGUUCUUUGACCAUUCGGAGUCUGAUACAUUAUUUGUCAAGUGGCACAGAUAUUUGAAUCACCUUUUAGAAAGCGAGCUGAAAAAGCGGAUUUCAGGAACAGACACCAGAAAAAAAGAGUUUGUUAAACUGUACUGCGAAGAGGUGGAACAAUUCACAAAACCAAUGCAAGAGUGCCUUACCACCGUGGCUUUUGAAGCUAUCGACGGAGGCUAUACUGUCAAUUACCAAACAAUGAAUACACACGAACGGAAACAUCUUCGGGAAUUGAUGACCAGACUUUUCAAAACGCAGUGGGGAGCGGUAGUGGGCAAAUGUGAUGAACAUAAUCAAGAAACUGUCGUUUUUAACAUGGCAUUAAACUGGCCUCCCGUACAGUUGUUUCUUCGUAACAGAGCGGAAGAACGUGACAACCAGUUGUUGAAUCCAGAUUGUAUAACGCUCCUGGAUAUAAUUGCUCAGACAUGUGAUAGUUACUGGGAUUCCCUUUUGAACGGCCAUAUUGAUAUUGGAAAGCUGAAAACCCUCGGGAUGCAUACAGAAGCGUUUUCAGACAUUAUGAAAUUACUUCGACCAAACGACAGCAAAAUAAAAACUCUUGUGAUCAAAACAUUGAAUACUCGCUUGAUCGAGUGCAAUGCAUUUGAGCGACAAUCAAGACUUAUGGCUAUGUUUUUGAAUCACUGCAACGGCAUCAACAAUGUGAAAACAGAUGCCAUAGAUGAAGUUUUAGCAGAGGUUGCGCAAUAUGAUGAACUACCACUGAACAGGUAUUGUGAGACGGCAACUGUUACAGUUGAAUUUUUACAACAAGAACCACGCAUCAAAGCGUUUGAUGUGCCGAAAGUUGUGACCGAUAUUUUACCAAAGAUGUUCGAAUUGGAGAAAAGUUUUGUUUUCGAAAAAAUGUGGAGUGAAACCUGUAAAUCUGUCGGACAAACCUGCGCCACAUAUGAUGAUAUCAUAACAAAUAUUUGGGAUCCUGCAGAAAAACGAUGGAGUGCAUUUGGCACGCGUCUGCAAGAGGGCGACAUGUGCUUUGAAGAAUUUGACGAGAUUUUUUCUUCGCUUGACAAUCAAGGAAUAAUUCGUGAAAGUCAAAUACUAGGGAUUUCUGAUUUCGCGGCACAUGCGCGGAUAAAACAGCUACAGUUAUUUAGGCAGAUUCGAUCUUGUGUAGAUGGUGCAUUAAUACUAUUAAAAAUUCAACAGCAAUUUGACCUCACUGGAGACUUUGCUCCUAUGCAUAAUAUUGCAAAGCGUUUGGACAAAAAGUUCAAGAUGAAAGAUUUCAGCGACAGUUUCAUAGAAACGUUCGAUGUACUGAAAGAUAUUUCUAUGGAGAAGCUGGUGUGCUUAGAGGCGUUUGUUCAGAGCUACAAUGUUGUCCAAUGGAUAAAAGAAUCCAUGAAAACAUCUGGACAAAAAGAGUUGAAAGUGUUCGUUGACCUCGCAAUGAUGUCUGCUGGAGACGAACCCAUGAACAUCAAAAAGGUUCAGUGCUUGCACUCGGCUGUGCUGGGAUACUCUCCUUUGAUAUUUGAUCUUGACAAACACUGUGACUAUAUCUCGUUGCUUGACAAAUGCAAAGUUGUUUGGAACGAGUGUGCUGCAAAUCCAAACUUGCCGCAACAGUUGAUCGACACGAAUUGCAAACUAUCUUGGCUACAGGAAAUCAAGAAAGCGCAUGGUUCUGUGGAAGUGACAUCUCUCAUGCAAGCGGAAGCAAUUAAUAGCGAUGGAGUUUAUACUGUUGGGAAAAUAAGUAAACAUGAAAACGACAAUUUAGAACACAUUAUGUCUAGAGACGUAAUUAAAUUGACUGUGCCCGAAAUCGAAGGACAAAGGCAGUUAAGAAAUUACAGUCUAGCACAGUUGCAAGAUCUGCAAAGCCGUUUGAUGUUGGUAGCUGGCAAAAGUGCCAAAGAAAGAAAAGGCUCAGAAGUUGAUGUUGAGAUGUUUACGUUGGUUUUCGAUAGCAUUUCAAGACUCGGAAAUGUGUUUAAAAAAUUGUGCCAAUCCGGGUGUGUUUUAUUCAAUAAUUGGAAAGCUCAGUUCAUGUGCAACACAACAAGGCCGAUAUGUGUUAUACUAUCAUUCGGUGAAGGAAAUGACGUGCCGAAGUUGAAAGGCGGAAAAUCAAAAUCGAAGGGAUUGGAAGAUAUGAUUCCUGAAAUAGCGAAUUUUAUGGAGAAAUGUUUACACGAAUGGUUAGAAUACAUCAACCAAAAACGAGCCGAGUAUUUCCACUUGAACUUCUUCACAGUUGAUCAGCUUGUAAUACUGCAACGGGAGUUGAUGAAAAUUGGAUCAAAUGAGGAACCUUCAAAUCGGAUGUAUCCACUGUUGUCUGCCGUUAGGCCCAACUGUCUGCAUGAUGAUGUCAUAUUGGCUCUAAAUCUGGCAAAAGAGGAAGUCGAUCGGCGUAAUCUCCUUAGUAAUGAAGAAGAUGCGGAAGAAGACUCAGAACCCGAACGCGACGAUAGUUCAUUAAAUAUAAAAAAAGCACGCUUUGUUAGAGAACUUAUAGAUGCUGGUCAGGACGAACGAAUAGCACAGCGAGCACUGGAUCAUGUGGAUGAGAAAGAAAUCGAAGAAUGCGACAUUCAACAAGGCCAGGAUCAUGAGCAAAAGGCCAGAGAUGAGUCGUUUCUAUUCAAGGUGAUUAUGGUCUCGGUGCAAUGA